CAAUGUCCAUGUUUCCGCCCAUCUCUGGGGUGCAUGCGUCAAACUCUACCACAGAGACUGGGAGUGCAGACUAAGUCAUCGGAAGAAGAAGAAGAGGAAGACAGCAUAUAACUAAUCAUGUCAGAAUCUAAUGCUGUGGCCAACGGGCUGGCCGGUGCAGGCGGUGGCAUUAUUGCUCAAAUCAUAACUUAUCCUCUUCAAACGGUAAAUACUCGCCAGCAAACCGAGAGAACGCUCAAGGGCAAGAAGCUGGGCCUUCCUCAUUCCCCUAACACGCUUCUUCAGAUCCUUCAGGUUGUUAAAAGCGAGGGGUGGGGCGGACUAUACAGUGGCCUCAAGCCUUCUCUCCUUGGAACCGCUGCUUCUCAGGGCAUUUACUACUACUUUUAUCAAGUUUUUAAAAAUAAGGCUGUAGCCAUUGCUGCUGCCCGCAAAGUCAAAGGACAUGGAGAUGGUACUGUUGGCAUGCUUGGGUGGCUUGCCGUGGCUGCUAUUGCUGGGUCCUUGAAUGUUCUGUUUACCAACCCAAUAUGGGUUAUAGUGACUCGCAUGCAGACACAUACUCAAGCAGAAAGAAAAAUUAUGGAGGGAAAGAAGGAAGCUUUGCGCAGAGAAGCAUCAGAAAGCAGUUCUGCUGAUUCAACAUUGCAAGAAAAAUUAGCUCAACUGGAAUCUAUAAAACCCCAACCAUAUGGUACUGUACAUGCGGCAAAUGAAAUCUUUAGUGAGGCUGGUGUUGUUGGAUUUUGGAAGGGUGUCAUCCCUUCUUUGAUUAUGGUGUGCAAUCCAUCGAUCCAGUUCAUGAUCUAUGAGAGCUCGUUGAAGCAUUUAAAGGCAAAACGUGUGGCUAAGAAUCAGGGGAAUAGAAACGUAACUGCUUUUGAGGUCUUUAUGCUGGGAGCCUUAGCAAAACUUGGAGCUACUGUCUCAACAUAUCCACUGUUGGUUGUCAAGUCAAGGCUUCAAGCUAAACAGGAGAUCGGUGGAAGUAGCUCGUUAAGAUACUCAGGUACUUUCGAUGCAAUACUUAAAAUAAUCCGUUAUGAGGGAUUACCCGGAUUUUAUAAGGGGAUGAGCACAAAGAUAGUGCAGAGUGUUUUUGCUGCUUCUGUUCUAUUCAUGGUCAAGGAGGAACUUGUUAAGGCUUACCUGGCUUUGGCAGAUAAGAGUAAGAAACUUCUCUUAAGCAGCCAUUGAAAGCAUGCCUGUGCAUUGUGCAAAACGCAAAUAAUGGAUAAGUUGACUACGGGCCUGGAUUAUGAGCUAUCUUGUGGGCAAUCAACUGUGGGCAUCUGAUUUAUAUUUGUCCCUUGAUUAAAGAGUCAAGUAAAUACCAAAAAAAAAAAAAAUUCAGUCACUUGGGAGAAUGUUUCCUGCUUGAUAAAGUAGAAUGAGAAAUGAGGAUUUUAAUUAUUUAAACAUGUUUCAUAGUUUAAUGUAAUUGUAAAUUUAUACUUGUAUAAUUUGGGUAAUUAAUAAAUCAGAAUUUGAUUUUUUCAAGCAUCAAA